CAUAGCUAGCUUAUAUUAGCUUGCUUCACAAUAAUAUAUAUAGAUAUAUAUAAAUACGUGUAGAGAGAGAGAGAGAGAGAGAUGGGAAGAGCACCUUGUUGUGAUAAGGCAAAUGUGAAGAAAGGGCCUUGGGCUCCUGAAGAAGAUGCAAAGCUCAAAGCUUUCAUUGAGAAAUUUGGAACUGGUGGAAAUUGGAUUGCUCUCCCUCAAAAAGCUGGACUAAAGAGAUGUGGGAAGAGCUGCAGACUGAGAUGGCUAAAUUAUCUGAGGCCAAACAUAAAGCAUGGAGAUUUCACUGAUCAAGAAGAUAGAAUUAUUUGCACCUUGUAUGCCACCAUUGGAAGCAGGUGGUCAAUAAUAGCAGGACAAUUACCAGGAAGGACAGACAAUGAUAUCAAGAACUACUGGAAUACCAAGCUCAAGAAGAAAAUUAUGGGAAUGAUGAUUUUCCCUUCCCCUCCUCCUUAUACCAAGAGAAAAUUAUCCUCAUCAUCUUUCUUUUCUUCUCCAACAAAUAAUAAUAAUAAUAAUAAUAAUAAUAAUAAUAAUGCUCCUCCCGCCCAAACUACCCUUGUCCCCUUUCUUCAACCACCAUUACCCCCUCAACAAUCACUAUUCUCAUUUUACCCCCAAAUCCCCCCCACCCUUGAGCCCCUCCCUCCCAUCCAUAACAACCCUAGCUUCCCCUUCCACGACGACGACGACAACAACAACAACGUCAGUAUUUGCCUCGGAGGCCCUCCGCUUAGUUGCAAUUUCCACGACGCCCCGAACCCGGGCUUCUCGAUGACCUCCGUGUUCGCCGGAGCGACGACCGAGGCGAGCGGCGGGUCGUCCUCCUCCUCCUCGACCGCGGCGGCCGCUGACAUCAUCAAGCGGGAAUCCGACGACCUGUUGGCGGGCUGUUUCCUACAAGGGGACAACGACAUUGUCGUCCCCGGAGGUCUGUUCGAGGACCAGCACAAGCUGUUCUUCCACGACUGCGGCGGCCGUCAUCUGCCGUCCGCCGCCGCCUCCGACGAGGAGUCGCCGCACGGUUGUUUCCGGGACGGCGGCGGGUUGUUUCCUCUGAUGAACAGUGAUAACGACGGUGGCAGUGCAGCGGCGAGCGGCGGUUAUUAUAAUGAUGGGAGGCAUGAAAUAGUAAUAAAUAACAGUGAUGAGAACAAUGAGGGUUUCUAUGUAUUCAAUGUUGAUGAUGACAAGGGGAUGUACUACUUCAACUAAAACUGAGUUUCUGGGCAGUAGAAACUGGCAAAUUUCUCUACUUCUUUUUUAUAUUUUUAUAAAUCUUUAGCCCAUUUGUUUUGGUGGCCCAUACUGUGUGGCUAUUAACAAAAAAAAAGGAAGGGAUAAGGCAGCAUGUGGCAGUAGCUACGCAAGAGAAAAAAAAAAAAAAGAGGCAGUAGCAAAAACGCAGGAAAGAGGGAGAAAAACAGAUUUCUCGCCACACAGUGCAGCAGCCACUUUUCACCUCCGGAUCGAAGGCCAAACGAAGUCCGAUCGUGCUCAAAUUUUAGUAUGUUGUUCCUCACAUACUCCUCUUCAAAUCCAACGGUCAGAUUCUCAUUUUGAUGCCCGGAAGGUUGUUUUCUGGCUGCGUUUUCAGACCUGCGUUUUUUUGGGAGUUUUUACUCCAUUUUAUGUUGAAUUGUUGAUUGUUGUUGUUCCAAGGUUGCUCCUUG